GCUAAUUCAUCAAGUCCUCACAUUCUCUACUACAAAAUAUUUUUGUGAACUCUAAUACUUCGUCUAAAGAAAAAUACAAAGGAAGAUCAACAUGGCAUUUGGAUUGUCCGGCUUUGUUCAGGGUAAGAAGGCUCUCCGAAGAUCACUUUCAGGCAUCAAAGAAGUAACCAUUCCAAAAGGCUGCUUAGCUAUCUAUGUUGGAGAAGAUCAGAAGAAGCGUUAUGUAGUACCUCUUUCGUACCUAAAUGAGCCUGCAUUUCAAGACUUGCUGAGUAUGGCAGAAGAAGAAUUCGGAUAUGAGCACCCGAUGGGUGGACUCACAAUUCCUUGCAGAGAAGACAUAUUCAUUGAUAUCACAUCUCAGUUGACUUGAUUGUAAUUUGUAGCUCUGACAUAGAUUCACAGAAACACAAUUUUGUAGAUGAUAUGCUUUUACCCUUUUUUCUUAGAAAUUAGUAAAUAGAAAUUACUCAUUUGAUUAAUACUUGUUCUCUUUUCGGUUGAAUUCCAUUUUACAUCUUUUUAAAA